UAAUGGGGGCAUUUUCUUGCGAAAAAACAUAAUUUCACGCACGUUACGUUGGAGAGAAAAUCUUUGUCGCAAAUGAGUAAAACUGACUGAUAUUUUUUUGUUAUGAAACCUGCUGUUAGCUUGACCGGACCAGGUUUGAUGCCAAUUCCACAAAUACUACCCUGAGAUUCCCUUUGGAAAAAAGUGCCUGGAUUCUUCUCCGCCGCCGCCUCUUCCACCAGGAGUACAUUUGAUAUCAAAGACAGUACAAUCAUGGAUACGACCCGGGGAUUUAAAUUAUUGGACACGGUGGCAUGCUCUGCUGCUCGUUAAGGAUGGGAAGAAAAUAAGAGGAAUUGUAACAUACGUAUCAGGUAGUGGUGUCGCAGCAGAAGGAUGCCGCUGGUGAAGCGCACCAUUGAGCCCAGGCACCUGUGCCACACAGUGCUGCCAAGAAACAUCAAGAAUGAGCUGGAGUGUGUGACUAACAUCUCCUUGGCCAACGUCAUACGCCAGCUCAGCAGCCUCAGUAAAUAUGCAGAAGACCUGUUUGGAGAGCUGUUUAAUGAGGCCCACACCUUCUCUUUCCGGGUCAACUCCCUGCAAGAGCGUGUGGACCGCCUCUCCAUCAGUGUCACACAGCUAGACCCCAAAGAAGAGGAAUUGUCUCUUCAGGACAUUACCAUGAGGAAGGCUUUCAGGAGUUCCACCAUUCAGGACCAGCAGCUGUUUGACCGCACAUCGCUGCCCGUCCCACUGCAGGAGAGUUUCCAGACAUGCGAGCAGCCGCCACCCCUCAACAUCCUCACGCCCUACAGGGACGAUGGGAAGGAGGGUCUGAAGUUCUACACCAAUCCUUCCUAUUUCUUUGACCUGUGGAGAGAAAAGAUGCUGCAGGACACAGAGGACAAGAGGAAGGAGAGGCGGAAACAGAAGCUGGAAAUGCCUUAUCUUGUGUGUCCCAAUGGCCUUAUAAGAGUCCGCUUUGAAACCCCUCCUCCCUUCCUCACUCCCCCAGAGUUGCAGGACCCCCGCAUGUAUGAUCAGGUCUAUAGGUACUUAGACCUUCCAGGGCAGAUGAAGGCCAUAGAACGUCUUCCGGAGCCAGAGAAGAUACCGCGGGCGCCUCACGAUCGUAAGAAGGAGUGGCAGAAACUGGCACUGGGCGCGGAGCUUGCCCAAGACAUACCUGACGACAAACACAGAGAGGCCAACGGAUCUGCAGGUUACCACGACAACAGGGCUCCCUUGUACAUGGAACAAAUGGACGGGCCCUUCUCGCUGGCGGCGCUGCCCUACACCCAGAUGAACGAGCUGCUGAACCGUACCGGGGACAGAAUGUAUUUGCGGCCCCACGACCCUCCACCGCCUCCACCUCUCAUGCACCCACUGGGAGAGAUCAAGCCACCCUCUGUGAUCAGUUCCAGUUCAGGUUUUUCCGACAGCAGACCCCAGUCUCCAGCACGGACAGCAGGCCUCAACUCCAACACUCCUCCUCCACCGCCUCCCCCUCUUCCUCCACCACCUCCCCCGUUACCCUCCACAGGCCUGCGGGGCACUCCUCCUCCACCCAUUCCUCCUCUACCAGUCCAGCAGCAGCCCCCGGCCAUCCCGCCUCCCCCUGCUCCUCUCCAGAUCGCCCCAGGGGUGCUCCAUCCGGCCCCUCCACCCGUGGCACCUCCCCUCCACUGCUCUCCCGCCCGUCUCCAGCAGGUCCUGGACAGGGGCCCAACCAUGGGCUCUGGGACCCUGUCAGACGGUGGUAUCCUGCCUCCUCCCCCACCGCCUCCUCCUCUGCCCCUCCCAGGAGCGCGGAGCUCCUCGCCAUGCCUGUCAGGCCCACCACCUGUGCCGGCCUUUCCCUCAGCAGGAGCCAUGGCCUCCCCGCUGCCCCACAGCCUUCACGAUAUGGGGAGCAAGAGGCACCAUCCAGCCAAUCUGCCACCAAUCAGCGAUGCACGCAGUGUCCUGUUGGAAGCUAUCAGAAAAGGCAUACAGCUGCGGAAAGUGGAGGAGCAGCGAGAGCAAGAGGCUAAGCACGAGCGUGUUGGCAACGACGUGGCCACCAUCCUGUCACGCCGCAUUGCUGUGGAGUACUCUGACUCAGAGGAUGAGUCCGAGUUUGACGAAGGAGACUGGAUGGAGUGAUGGCGGUCAGGGUUGGCGGCAGAGGACAAAUGUGUUCAGGUGCCCCCCCCCCCAUGCCUGCACUCCAAACCCCGCCAUCAAAGAGUCCUUUCUACUCUGGAAGGAAGCAAAACAUCGUUGUUGCCCACUUUUCUUCUGUCAAGCUUUCUUUUUUUCUUUUUUUUUUAUCCGUCUCGUUGUGGUUUGUGUUUGGAGGAGAAUCUCCACGUCGCCCUUGUCGGUCUUUCUAGUGUUCCAAGAGAAGUAUGUGCUUUCAUUCUUUUCUGCACUUGCAGAAUCUUGCCAUCUUCACUACACAACUUAGUUUCUUUUGGAUUUCUUGUAAUGAAAUCUCCCCUGUUUACUAUUGGUAUACAUGAAAAUAACUUUUCUGAGGAACCACUUGUUUUUAUUUUCUUAUAUGUACGUCGAUGUAAAAAAAGAAUAUAAAAAACAAGA